CCGCUCCCUCGGAGCCGCCGCUGCCGCUCGGAGCUCCGCGUCCCGCAGCGAGCCGGCUGCGGGCUGGGACAGCGACGCGGACAGCGGGGCAGCCGGUGACAAGCGCAGGAUGUCGGCCACGCUCUACGUGCUCUCCACGCUGGGUGGAUACGUCCUCACCUCCGCUCUCCUCCUUAAGUGUCCGGGGCUGCUCCACCGGCCCAAACGGCAGCGGUUUCGCUGCCGGCACAUCUCGCACCGCGGCGGUGCUGGAGAGAACCUGGAGAACACAAUGACAGCCUUUCACCAUGCAGUGAAUUUGGGGACAGACAUGUUGGAGCUGGAUUGUCACCUGACAAAAGAUGAGCAAGUGGUUGUGUCCCACGAUGAGAACCUGAAGAGAUCAACAGGAGUUGAUGUCAACAUCUCUGACCUCAAAUACUCGGAACUUCCACCUUAUCUCUGCAAGUUGGAUGUCACAUUUCAGAAAGAAGGUCAGUGUGAGGGGACAGACAAUCGUAUCCCACUCCUGAAAGAAGUGUUUGAGGCAUUUCCAGAAACUCCUGUCAACAUUGACAUCAAGAUGAACAACAAUGUGUUGAUCAGAAAGGUCUCAGAGCUGGUGACUGAGUACAAGAGAGAGCAUCUGACUGUGUGGGGAAAUGUCAAUUAUGAGAUUGUGUGCAAGUGUUUCAAGGAGAACUCUGACAUUCCCACCAUCUUCUGUGCCCAGCGUGUCCUCCUGCUCCUUGGCCUGUUCUACACUGGUCUGCUGCCCUUUGUUCCCUUCAAGGAGGAAUUCUUUGAGAUCCCCAUGCCUUCCAUCAUCCUCAAGCUGAAAGAACCAGAGAAGAUGUCAAGAAGCCAGAAAUUUGUUAUCUGGCUGGCUGACACGCUGCUGAUGAGGAAGGCACUGUUUGAUCACCUCACAGCUCGGGGCAUCCAGGUGUACAUUUGGGUACUGAAUGAAGAACAAGAAUACAAGAGAGCAUUUGAUCUUGGAGCUACUGGAGUGAUGACAGACUAUCCAACAAAACUGAAGGAGUUCUUAAAUAAUUACCCAGCAUAAAGGAAGAAAACUGAGAAAGUCCUUCCAGAACAGAUUGUGAGCCAAGGAUUUUCCUCAUUAAAAAAAAUAAUUGGGGGCAGCAUGCACAGUUCAUUUUUGUUGGGAAGAUGUAACUGAUGAUCUGUUGUCAAGUCACUACCUAAUGUAAAGGUUGUCUAUUUAUUUUAAAACUUCAAUGACAUAGUUUACAUUUGUAAAUAGCUCAUUUAGCAACAGCACACUACAUAAAUGGUGAUGAUUAGGAAGAGAGUUUCCUGAUAAGGUACCUGUAGAUAAUAAGCAUUAUCUUAACCUGUCACAAGUGUUCCUAAGCAGCUGUCAAGACAUGUCAGUUAUUCCAGUUAUAUUCUAGUGAGCAGAAAAUGAAGAAUUUCUGAAAGUGUAGCCUGUGUGUUUGCAUUUCUGGUGUUGCUUUUAGAUUUUAAGUAACUUCUAGAGCAAAAAAGAAAAAAGAAAAAAUAAAGAAAAAACAGGCACAGGAGAAAAUAGCAAAGCAGACUCUGUGGCCAGGUUGAACUUGAGUUGAAAUUGGAUUUAGACCCUCUCUGAGGUGAUGCACUGUGACUUGUUGGUCCAGGUGUAAACACAGGAUUUCAAUCAGGAUCUGGAUUUUACAGAGUUCCACUGCAGGGUCCAGGUUUGCCCCUGGCUCUGACCUGCCUGUCAUGGCAGGAGCUGCAUUUCCAUGAUGGAAAAUGGUACUUGUUAUAGAUUACAUCACUUUGAAAUAGCCUUUCCACAAUGUCCUAAAAGUCUUUUGCACAUUUGUGGUUCUUGAUGAACAGGAAAUUGUUUUUUUAGGGUGAGGGACCAAAGAAGACUUAAAUUUGGUCAGGAGUUUCAGAGACAAAUGAAAAUAUUCCUAUUAAAUGAAUUCACCCAAAGCAGAUUUUUAUGUGUAUUUAUAAAGGGAGGAAGUGUCAAUCUAGAAAGUGUGUAGACUUGAGUCUUUUCUCUCCACAAAAAUACCUUCAGUAUCCAUCAAGUUUAUGUACAUGGACAUGGGAAUAACUGGCAAAAGCCAGGAAAGCCUAGGUAUGAUGGAUGGGGGUAGGCAGGGAGGUAUUUCUGGAAGCUUCCCAUGCUGUUGUGUCCUUGUGAGCAGGAGUUACCCAGUGCAGACAGCUUGGAGCCUGCAGUGCCCCUGUGCCCUGGUGUGCUCAUGUCAUGGCUGGGGCUUCAGGGCUUUGAUUCCUGGGCUUUAAUUACACCCAGUGUCUGGAGCUCAGUCACUGAAUCAUCAGAUGUUCUCCCUAAACAAGAGUUUGGCUCCAGCACUGUCUGUUUCUUGAUGGAUCUUUGUGUGAAAAGCAUAAAUCUUAAUAAUAAACCCAGCAGCCAGAUGUGUUUUUACUGCAAGGAGCACCCACUAAAAACUGAUUAAAUCAUUUUUUCCCCCUUGGUAGCUCAGAUUUGGGAGUUGUUGCACCCUCCCUGGCUGCUGUGCCAUAUUUAUAAUUGUGGAGCAUCUUUGCUGUUGCACUGCCUGACAGGAGGAUGUGAGAAUGCCAAAUCCAUCUGCAUGGAGAGUGUUUGUUUCUGCACCACAGCUCCUUUCUGAGGAAUAUGUCUGGGUGAAAUGGAAAAAAACUGCUGCAUUUAGGAUUCAAGUGAACAUGUGCUGAUGGGGGCAGAUGAGUUAAUGUUGUCCUUUUGAAUAUCUGCCUGCUGAAGAUGACUGCAGAUUGAAUUUCCUCCUAAUUUAAUCAGCCUUGUUGCUUAUUGAAUGGAAGAGAGGAAAAUGUAACUUCCUAACUGUUCAUGGGGGGAAAAGGAUGAAAUUAUUUAUUAGGUACUGAGCUUUCUGUUUCCCUUACAGACCAGUUCUGGCUGGUCUCAUAAGUGCUAAUAAUCAAGUCACAGCUCUGCCUGCUUUUUAGAAGCCACAGACUGGUUAUAGAAGAUGUUCCACAUGCAGCUCAGUAAAUUAAAAAAUUUUUCACCUUUCUGUCCUGAUCUGGGUUUAUUACCCAGAUUACCCAGAUAGUUUUUAUGCACUGUGGGUUUUUUAAGCUCAGUUUUAUUGCUGUUGAAUUUCUAACACAUGCACUGAUAUUAAGAUGCAAAUGUAAUUCUGGUUUUGGAGAAUACUAUCAAAAAAUACUAAAUUUUUUUUUGUUUAGGUUAGGAAGAGCUAAAUUUUAAAAUGCCAGUUUUGGUCUCUUUCUCAAGUUUCCCUCAAUACUCAAUAAAUAAUUUUCUGUUAUUCUAUAGUGAAUGAUAAAACACAGGUACUGAAAUGAGAGUGUUUUAUAUUUAAUUUUAAUAUUUUUAUUCUCUCUAGUAGUAGAGAUGGAAAUUUCUGCCUUCUAAGAUUCUCAGCACAUUUUUCAAACCACAUUUGUCAGACCACCAGUGCUCUUACAUCUGCUGGAGGUUCUGACUGUGCUGUUUAUACAUUGACCUCUCUUGCAUAAAUCUGCUUCUCAAUAUCUGAAAUUUGAUUGGGAGUGCUGGAAAAGCUGCUGGAUUUAUUGAUUCACCUGGUUGGGCUUUAGCACAAGACUCAGGUUUGAUCUCAUGAGCCAGAUAAUGUUCCAUGGACAAAUCCCAGCACCAGUGCACAGGGCUUAGGCCAUGAUAACUGUUUGUAACAAAAUGCCAUGGAAUUGGGGUAACUCUAAACCAUUUGUUGUAUCCAAUCCUUGUUUUGAAUAUUCCAGAACUCACUGUGUGAUUUUUUUUUUUAAUUUUUAACCACUUGUACAGAAAAGCUUUUGUUGAGAACUUGCACAACUGUCCAGGAGGAUGUUCAGUUAUAAUCUCUCUUUCUGAGGAGAGAUUCUUAUCAGGUACUUUAAAUAUUGUUUUAACUCUAAAUAUUGUUUAAACACUGUGUUCUCAACCCUGUUGCAGACUGUUUUAUGUAUGAAGGAUGAUUGCAUGUACUUCAUGCACUUUUAAUUUGCAGAAAGUCUCGUGGACCUCUCUAGCUCCAAAGCUAUGCAGUGAUUUUUCUUUUCAUGUGAAGGAAGAUUUGAUGCUUUUGAAAUGUGGCACAUUAAAACAUCUUUGCUCAUAAAAGAUCUAAGACUGAA